AUGCAGGGGUAUCUCAUUGAAACCCUGUCUCCCACGACGCGAGCUGCACCAGACUCGUACAUAGAUAAGCGACGUGCAAUAGGCAUUGAUGUUCACAGGGGACUCAAUAGUAGUCUCUCGAUUCUCUGCUGGAGAAAGGGAUUUAAUGCAACUCUUUCAAUGAAGAUACGGCGCGCUCAGCAGACGAUAUCUCACUUUAAAAUUAUACCAAUUUUCCAUGUGACGUCACUCAUUGUUGGGGAAUGUAUAGAAAGUCACUUAGGUACCGAUGUGUAUAUUCUAAGUAUAGAUGGCGUACUUAGUGGAUGA